CGCCAUUUCAACGGUUCGCACUCGAUCGUUUCCCUACAACAGCCAAAAAUCGCGGUUCUCAGUGGAUGGACUGACGCAGUUUGAUAGGUGUGAGCGCCAUCUCUCUCUAGUGGCCAUCAGCAGCGUCACAACGAGGGCUGGGAAGGAAGCUCUUUUUCCAGCGACGUCUUUAUACACACUCUCUUCUAAGGCCAUCUAGGUUCAGACAUUCCUUUUGGUGGGAUAAGCUUGAGCUAUGACAUAGUGGGUUGCAAGAGAGGCGAAUCGACCUUCGUUACUUCCUUCCAGGACCUCUCUGCUAUUCUUAUAUGAUCGUAUCACCGGCCAGUUACCAUAACCAUGUCGGACCGAAAGGAAAAUGGGGAUGGCGCACGACAGAACAACAACCCUUUCCGGAGGGCACGAGCGCCCACUAUCACCAUCGAUACAUCUGCGGUGAAUCUCGCUACGGACUCACCCUCGCAAGGCCAAGGGGGAGCUGCACCGGCUCGACCUCAACCUUCCUUGCGGAUCUCAACAAGCAAUGUGGAAACUGACACGGGCACACUGCUACCAAGCAACGACGUGUCGCCUACUGAUCAACGAUCCAUGCGCUCUUUCGAAGGUCGGGAGAGGGAGAGCAGGCCUACAUCGCCGCACAACGUUUCGUCGCCGACCUUCAAAGGGCCUGAUGUUCACUCCAACUUUCUAGCGGUUCCUGGCAGCAGGUCUCGCGGCAACUCAAUCGAAUCAGAAGGGACAACCCAUAGCGGAAGCUCGUUUGGAAGUGAUACUUACGUUCAAUCUUCCCCAGUCGACAAUUCCAGGACGAAUAGCACCGUUAUGAACGACGAAGAUGCUUUGCUCCCUGAUCCAGGAACGGAAGGUGACUUCGAGGUGGAGGAUAACAAAUUCGCAUUUUCUCCGGGCCAACUGAACAAACUUCUGAAUCCAAAGAGCCUAUCGGCCUUUCAUGCUAUCGGUGGUCUCGCUGGUCUUGAGCGGGGACUUAGGUCCGAUAGGCGGAGCGGUUUGAGCCUGGACGAGACUUAUUUGGACGGUACGGUCAGCUUCGAGGAGGCAACAGGAAGAGAUGUUCAACAACAGACACCAAAGGUUGCGUCAAAUACCCCCUUGGCGGAUUCAAACCAGGGCGCCAGUGGCCAAGGUGGUGACGCGUUUGCCGAUCGAAAGCGCGUAUUUGGGGAUAAUAGGCUGCCAGAAAAGAAGGCCAAGUCGUUCUUGGAACUGGCAUGGAUUGCAUAUAACGACAAGGUUCUGAUUCUGUUGACAAUAGCUGCCGUCAUCUCACUUGCACUUGGAAUCUACCAGUCUGUCACGGCCAAGAACGGCGAGCCGGGCGUCGAAUGGGUAGAAGGUGUCGCUAUUAUAGUAGCCAUUUUGAUCGUGGUCAUUGUCGGUGCUGUCAACGAUUGGCAGAAAGAACGGCAGUUUGUCAAACUGAAUAAGAAGAAAGAAGAUCGUCAUGUUAAGGUGAUACGGUCAGGGAAAACAGUCGAGAUCUCCGUGUUCGAUGUCCUCGUUGGCGACGUGGUGCAUCUGGAGCCGGGUGACCUGGUACCGGUGGAUGGUAUUUUCAUUGAAGGUCACAAUCUGAAAUGCGACGAGUCGUCUGCAACGGGAGAGUCCGACAUGUUACGCAAGCACUCAGCAGACGACGUUUACAGAGCCAUUGAAAACCAUGAGAACCUUUCCAAGAUGGACCCUUUCAUCGUGUCGGGUGCCAAGGUUUCUGAAGGUGUUGGAACGUUUCUCGUCACAUCCACCGGCGUCAACUCAAGUUAUGGAAAGACCAUGAUGUCCCUACAAGAUGAAGGCCAGACAACACCGUUACAGUCCAAACUGAAUGUUCUGGCUGAACACAUCGCCAAGCUUGGUCUCGCUUCAGGUCUACUCCUGUUUGUGGUGCUGUUUAUCAAGUUUCUCGUCGAGCUGAAGAACAUCGAUGGUGCCGAUGCAAAGGGACAAGCUUUCCUCCAGAUUUUCAUUGUUGCAGUGACAAUCAUCGUCGUUGCAGUGCCGGAGGGGUUGCCCUUGGCUGUUACUCUUGCUCUCGCCUUUGCCACCACACGUAUGUUGAAGGACAACAAUCUGGUUCGUCUUCUGCGAGCUUGCGAGACUAUGGGCAAUGCGACUACCAUCUGCUCGGACAAGACUGGUACACUCACUCAAAAUAAGAUGAGUGUAGUGGCCGGUACCUUGGGCACCUCUUCUAGGUUUGGGGAUAAAAAGAAGCCGCAGAACUCAUCGACUGAAGUCGAGACUAGCAACAAUGGCGGUGACGAUUCUAGUAACGUCUCUCCUUCAGAAUUUGUCGCUACUUUGUCUCCGUCUGUAAAGGAUAUGCUAUUGCAAUCUAUCGUGCAGAAUUCGACUGCGUUUGAAGGUGACGAAGAUGGUGUACCUACUUUCGUUGGGUCAAAGACAGAGACCGCACUGUUGAAUUUUGCACGCGAUUUCCUUGGUAUGGGCGCUCUCAGUGAAGCCCGGUCCAACUCUCAGAUGGUUCAAAUGGUCCCUUUCGAUUCUGGAAGGAAGUGUAUGGCCGUGGUGAUCAAACAGCAGGAUGGACGAUAUCGAAUGUUUGUCAAAGGUGCCUCUGAGAUACUGAUUUCCAAAUCGACGCGAAUCAUAAGCGAUCCCACGAAAGAACCGGCGGAUACCCCUCUGACGGAUCAAAUGCGUUCAUCUCUCAAUGACAUUGUCGCCAAUUAUGCGUCCCGCUCGCUACGAACUAUUGGUCUCUUGUACCGUGACUUUGACCAGUGGCCUCCACGAGGUGCUCCUACUCUGGAAGAAGAUCGAAAACUCGCGCAGUUCGAUGCUAUCUUCAAAGAUAUGGUCUUCCUCGGAGUGGUCGGAAUUCAGGAUCCUCUCCGCCCUGGUGUCGCUGACUCCGUCCAUCAGUGUCAGAAAGCCGGUGUAUUUGUACGCAUGGUUACAGGUGACAACAUAUUAACAGCGAAGGCUAUUGCGCAAGAAUGUGGCAUAUUCACUCCUGGCGGCGUCGCAAUGGAAGGCCCCAAAUUCCGCAAGCUCAGCUCUCAUCAGAUGAAUCAAGUGAUCCCUAGACUUCAGGUACUUGCGAGAUCAAGUCCUGAGGAUAAGAGAAUUCUCGUUGCGCGGUUAAAGAAACUGGGCGAGACGGUUGCUGUCACUGGUGAUGGCACGAACGACGCGCCAGCUCUGAAAACUGCUGAUGUUGGUUUCUCCAUGGGAAUUGCUGGAACCGAGGUGGCCAAGGAGGCGUCGGAUAUUAUUCUGAUGGAUGACAAUUUCACUUCCAUUGUGAAGGCCAUUGCGUGGGGCCGGACUGUCAAUGAUGCCGUGAAAAAGUUCCUGCAGUUCCAAAUCACUGUGAACGUCACUGCUGUCGUCUUGACAUUUGUAUCUGCUGUAGCUAGCGGUGAUGAGAGCUCUGUACUCACGGCAGUGCAGUUGUUGUGGGUUAAUCUUAUCAUGGAUACUUUCGCAGCUCUUGCUCUGGCAACGGAUCCGCCCUCGCCUUAUGUCCUGGAUCGGAGGCCUGAACCGAAGUCGUCAUCUCUCAUUUCGUUGACCAUGUGGAAAAUGAUCAUUGGACAGUCGAUAUACCAGUUGGUUGUGACGUUGGUUUUGAAUUUUGCCGGGAACAGAAUAUUCGGUUACAAGACCUCUGAGGAGCAGGCGGCACUGGAGACGGUCGUGUUCAACACUUUCGUCUGGAUGCAGAUAUUCAAUCAGUAUAAUUGUCGCCGCCUAGACAACCAUUUCAAUAUUUUCGAGGGAAUACACCGCAAUGUCUGGUUUAUAGGUAUUCAGGCUAUUAUUAUAGCGGGGCAAGUUAUGAUUAUCUUUGUCGGUGGACGGGCCUUCUCCGUGAAGCGUCUGAACGGACCACAAUGGGGCGUCUCCUUGGUUCUUGGAGCCAUCUCUGUCCCCGUUGCAGUCAUCAUUCGAUUAAUUCCCGAUUCACUUAUUCAGCGACUCGUCCCGCACUUUUUGAGCCGCAAGAAACCACCACAGCUUUUUGUGUCGGACGAGGAAAGCCGUUUUGAGUGGAACCCAGCGUUGGAGGAGAUUCGAGAUCAACUGAGCUUCCUUAAGACGGUUCGCGGAGGACGGUUGAGGCAUCUCAAGCACAAGCUUCAGCAUCCGGAAACUCUUCUUCCAAGGUCUCGCAGCGGCUCACGCUCAAGAGAAGAAUCUGCUCCUGCAACCCCAGUGAGCGAAGAGGCUCCUCCAUCAACCUCGGCCUCGCCCCCACCUGCUACUCCAGAAUCGCGUUCAAGAAACCGAACACGCUCUCGUUCUAACUCGGCUUUCGGCCCGGCGGCUGCUAUGGCUGGUAUAGUGGCAGGUAGUAUCGCCGGCUGGUCUCCUAUUGAGAGAGGCCACGGUGACAAUGAUUCUCUUAAGUUCUCCCGCAAUGGCAAUGGUCGAGAUGAUCAAGCCGCCAUUGAGGUGCAUCCCGAUACGCAUCCUGAUGAUCCUGUUAUUACGGAUUACGCAGUUUCGUCCACCACUCCUCCAAGUCAGAAUCCGGAUCUUGUUCCAAGCUUCGACUUUGUGCCGUCAGAUAGCACCUCCACUCGUGGUAGGAGAUCCACUUCGAGACGUUCGCGCUCCAAUACGCUUCGUAGCCAAAGUCAACAAUCACAGAACUAAAGUAAAGCGAGGUUAGAAAGCUCUUCUGUUGCUGCUUGUUGCACGUCGGACUUCUCUGUGAUUUUCUUUUUAUCGACUGGCAUCUGGUCGGUGGCUGGUUUUGGGGAGUGCGAGGCGUUUGGAGAUCGGCAUGUCCCAUUCCUGUUUGCA